AUCCUGGCUGUGACCUCAAAGACUGGCAACGGUUUUUUUUUUUUUUCUCUCAAGUGAAUACGCACAGAUCGCGCUUUAGCAGACAUAUUCUUUCAUUCUCAGUACCCCAGUCACAUAGUAGGCUCGACAAUCAAUGAUUACACACAGUCAUGGUAAGUUACUGUCCAAUCUGUGGGAAGCCUGUCUAUUUUGGUGAGAAGAAGAGGUCUUUGGGAAAAGAUUACCACCCACUGUGCCUGAAAUGUCAAAAGUGUAAAAGACAGCUCACCGCUGGACAACAUGCUGAGUAUGAUGAGAAGCCAUAUUGCUCAUACUGCUACAUGAAGAUGUUUGGUCCAAGAGGUAACAGGUGAAGACCAGAAACUGCCUGAAACCAACUGGACUGACCAAACUGCUAUAUUAUCAUUGACUGACAAGGAGAGAGAAAAAAUAAGAAUUAUGGAAAACACA